AUGAAGAUCAAUGUCCGAGUGCGAAAUGAUCCACCGCUGAAUGACGUAUGUUCAAGUUCUCCCUGCAAAAACGGCGGAAAAUGCAUAUCUCAACGAGAGGGCGUCCUGUGCUGUUACUGUAACCCAGCAACGCCUCCGGAUUCCGGCCAGGCUUGUUAUGACCCUGCGAUAAUAAAUGUCUCGUCCAGAACACCCUGUGCUGCAGAUGACGGUGCACCACCAACGAUAGAUAGUUGCAACGAUGUGAGGACGAAUAAAGAUGUAGUGAGCGAUAUCAUCUCAGACCUUGACGUCACAGCUACCGAUAACGUUAUGAACUCCUUGCCCAUACAUUGCGUAGAGACUAGUGGUGCAUUACAUCUUACAAGCAACGAGACCACUUUCAACUGCACAGCAACUGAUACGGCUGGAGGAGAGACUACCUGUACAUUCAACGUUGUCUUUGAUCAACAAGCACCUGUGAUCGACAAUUGUCCUUCGGAUGUAAGGACCAACAACGCUAAGGCAAUCUGGACACCAGACCCUACAGCUACCGACGAUGAUGGGACCAAUCUUGAAGUUAACUGCAUUCCAGCCGCUGGUAGUUCAUUUCCAGUGGAUGCAACUACAAAUGUUGUUUGUAACGCGAGUGAUGCUGCUGGAAAUGAGGCCAUCUGCACUUUUAAUGUAACUGUAGAUCAACAAGCACCUGUGAUCGACAAUUGUCCUUCGAAUGUAAGGACCAACAACGCUAUGGUAACCUGGACACCAGAUCCUACAGCUACUGACGAUGAUGGUACCACUCCAGAAGUAAUCUGCUUUCCAGCCGCUGGUAGUUCAUUUCCAGUCGAUGAGACAACAAAUGUUGUUUGUAACGCGAGUGAUGCUGCUGGAAAUGAGGCCAUCUGCACUUUUAAUGUAACUGUAGACCAACAAGCACCUGUGAUCGACAAUUGUCCUUCGAAUGUAAGGACCAACAACGCUAUGGUAACCUGGACACCAGAUACAACAGCUACUGACGAUGAUGGGACAACUCCUGAAGUAACCUGCAUUCCAGCCGCUGGCAGUUCAUUUCCAGUCGAUGAGACAACAAAUGUUGUUUGUAACGCGAGUGAUGCUGCUGGAAAUGAGGCCAUCUGCACUUUCAAUAUUACUGACCAACAACGCUAUGGUAACCUGGACACCAGAUACAACAGCUACUGA